ACCGGAAGUUCGUUUUCAGUCCCGCCCCCACUUCCCGCAACUGGGCUCCGCUACCUCCGAGCAGUAGCAAUGACUGCGCGCGGGACUCCGAGUCGCUUUCUGACCAGUGUUCUCCACAACGGGCUGGGUCGCUACGUGCAGCAGCUACAGCGUCUCAGUUUUAGCCUCAGCCGAGACGCGCCCUCGUCCCGCGGCGCCAGGGAGUUCGUGGAACGCGAAGUGACCGACUUCGCCCGACGGAACCCAGGGGUCGUAAUAUAUGUGAACUCGAAGCCGUGCUGCGUGCCCAGAGUAGUGGCUGAAUACCUUAACGGAGCUGUACGAGAGGAAAGCAUCCACUGCAAGUCGGUCGAAGAGAUCACGACUCUGGUGCAGAAGCUGGCAGACCAGUCGGGCUUGGACGUGAUCCGCAUCCGCAAGCCCUUCCACACCGACAAUCCUAGUAUACAGGGCCAGUGGCACCCCUUCACCAACAAACCGACAACCUUCCUGGGGCUGCGACCCAGGGAGCUCCAGGAUCCUGUCCCAGCCCAGGUGCAAGCGCAGUGAAGAAGAGUUGCCCUACCAACUCCAACCCUAGACCUGAGACUGUUGCCCUAGUAAAGUGGUUUUUUCUCUUUUUUUCCACAGUUAGGGGUCAGUGACCUUGUGAACUCUCUAAUUCUAAUCCAGUUGGCAUCCCCAAAACCUGAGAUGAUAGAACUUUGAAGUGUUGUACAGGGUCUUUGUUUUCUGAAAUUCAAAUUGAUUAUACUAAUCUCAAAACACAGGGGAUUCAGGGCUGGCUUCUGAAGAAUCCUUGAUGUCCUAUUGCCACAACCUUUGAGCUAUUCUCCAUUGUGACCAGACAUUGGGCAAGAAACCUCUUGUGUGAUUAUGUACAGAUUAGAAAACUGAGGUCAUUAAACUUAUCAUCAUACUUGA